AUGGCAUCCAAUGGUUCAGUGAGUCAUACGAUUCACACAAACCUCUGGUCUGAAGACAAUUGUGUCAAAAGGGAGUCAAUCGACAGAUGGAUGGCUUUCUGUGCUAUCGACAGCCAAUUGAAGGCUAAUAUCCGUAUGUUUUGCGUGUUUGACAUGAACUCAGAGACAGAAGCAGUGGUUGUGACCAAAGAGGAUGAGGUCUUCAGUGUAAACGUGAGCGCCGUUUCUGUCACUCAAUUACAGACACUCAGCCAUAAGGGGGUCAUUCAAGUGAGUGCAGGCCUAUACCACCUGUGCGCCCUCACCACCGAUGGACAGUUGGGGAUCGGGUCGACCACCAGUUCCGCUGAACCCUUAAAAGUAUCAUUGAAUGAGAAAGUGGUGGACAUAUCGUGCGGUAAUUACCACACACUGGCCCUCACAGACGCGGGACAUGUCUAUGGCUGGGGUUAUAAUGGCAAUGGACAGGUAGGCAAUGGCACCGAUAGUGCCCAAUCCGUUCCCAUCAGAGUGAAGGGCGCUCUGGAGUCGUGUCGUGUUGUGUCCAUCACUUGCGGAGGCCAUCAUUCAAUAGCGGUGUCGGACACCGGAGCUGUAUAUUCAUGGGGUUGUAAUGGUGAGGGACAGUUGGGUUUAGGACACCAAACAAAUCAAACCACUCCAGUGCUGAUCACACAUUUAGAUCACAAACCCAUUUGUCGUGUGGUUUGCGGUUAUAGGCAUACAAUGCUUUUAUCCAAAGAUGGCAUAAUCUAUAUGUUUGGUCUGUGCGAUAGGGGACAGUUGGGCACCGAUAACACCACCAACCAAUCAACGCCUAUUCAGUUAGACAAUAGUUUGGGUCCAUUUCGUGAUAUCGCGGCAAAUAUGGGGACCAAUAUAUCGGCCGCUAUUACAGUGGAUGGUGUGGGCUAUGUAUGGGGUGGAUGUCAGCCCCCAAACGGCAAUGUAUUAAAGCCAAUGAAGACAAUAUAUGAUUCAUUGCACGACAUAUUCGCCAUCUUCUCGAAGCCUACUGUUUCGUCCAAAAUGGUUGUAUUGAGUGAUGUGUCCGACAAUCUAUUGGUCACUCAAAUACGUCAGGCUUUCGACGACCCAAACACCAGUAACUUCAAGAUCAUAGUCGAGGGAAAGCCUAUUCACGUCCACAAAGACAUACUUCGCAUCCGAUGCCAACACUUCCGGUCAUUGUUUUCCAAUUGGACUCAAGGAAAUAAAAAGGAACUGGAGUUGACUCAAUACUCGUAUGACAUGUAUAAGGAGUUCCUGCGAUACCUAUACACGGGUGAGGUAUGUGUGGCACCGGAUGUUGGCAUUGAGUUACUAGAUUUGGCCGAAUCUUACUGCGAGACUGAUCUCAAGCUUAGGUGCGUCCGACUUAUACGGAACGGCAUUACAGUCGACAAUGUU